AUGCAGGCCGUUGGCCGCCGAGAAGACCUCGCCGUGCCGCAGAUGGCUCGGGAUAACUGGAUAAUACGAGCACGCAAGACCCGGCACCAACACCCUCCAGAUGCCCCCUACGCAGCCCACAGCCCCUUCCCACCACCUCCCCCUUUCCCAAUCCCCAUCCCAUCCCUCCCGCCCCGUUCCAUCACCGUUUCACAGGCCUAUAGCUCGACGGAAUCGGGAAGCCGGGUCGACGCAGCCCUGCGAGGGCACCUUGAAGUCCGUGCACUCGGGGUUCGUGGGGACGGUCUUCUCGCUCGUGCCGUCCUCGGUGCUGUUGUUGUAGAGCUCGACCCGGACCGCGGCGGCCGUGUGGUCAUCCCCGGCUCCCUGCGUCCAGGUCACGGACACGCAGAGGAUAAGGUCGCCUUCCUGGUCCAGAACCUGAACACCGGCGCCUCGUUCGACCUCGGCGCCGACGCCUGCGCCCUGCGCCUCCAGACCGAGAUCAACGGCUACAACGGUGGCGGCCAGUCGGACGCAUCCGGAUGGCGAUUCAAGCCCGAGCCUAACAACGGGAUCUGCUAA